AAACGGCAACUCAUAUCGCCAGCCUUUUCUCUCCUUCCUUCCUUCGUCCCCCUCGCCUCCGUGUCGUUUCGCCCGUUACAUCGCCGAUACGAUCGAUUCCUUCUCCUGGCGGUGGCGGCCGCUUCUCUUUGUAUAUAUAUCCCUUCCCCGCGGCGAGGCUGCCGUCGCGGCCGUAUUGCGAUUCGGAAUGCCGGAAUGAUGAGACGUAACGCCGUCGCGGAAGAAGGGGAGGACGAAGAAGAGUUCUACGAGUCCUUGGACCGGAUCCUCUCCUCCUCCGGCUCCUCCACCUCCGGCUCCGCCUCCGACGACGACCACGGAGACGACGGCUCCUCGCCGCUGCUGUCCCACGACGUCUGGACCUCCGAGCCCGCCCCUGUGGCCGAGCGCCGCCGUUUGCUCUUCCAGCGAUACGGCCUCGCCGGAGACUCCAUCCUUUCCCGCCUCCCUCGCCCCGGCGACGCCCCGGCGCCUGCCCUCGAUGCCCCCUUUUCGUCCGACGCCAGAUCCGACGCCUCCCUGGAACCCUCGUCUGUGCGUACGGCCGAGCCCCUUGUCCGCCCGCACCGGCACCGCCACCGCCAGAGAUCCGCCAAUCUGUCGGUUUCGAUUUCUCGAUCCUCGUCCUCGGGGGUUAUUGAGGUCUCCGACGGCGACGGCGGUAGAGGAAACCGACGCCCCGAGGACUGCGGCGCCGCCGAUUGCGACGAUCCCAGGUGCUUGAUCAGGAACCUCGACAACGGGAGGGAGUUCGUGGUGAAGGAAUUCGGGGAGGAUGGGAUGGGGAAGAAGUUCAGGGAAGUGGGGACUGGGCGCCAACUCACGAUGCAGGAAUUCGAGAUGUGCGUUGGCUGCUCGCCCAUCGUUCAAGAACUGAUGAGGCAGCAGAAUGUGGAGGAUGCAGAGGCUGGGCGGCGGAGCAGCGUCGGCUCUGGUGAGUCUGGCAGCGGGCCGCGAACAGAUGGGGUUUUGAAAGGAGGAACACGGUCGAAGAAGAAAGGCGGCUGGUUGAGGAGCAUUAGGACUGUGGCUGGGGCUGCUAUCACCGGAGGACACCACCACUACCACCAGGACCGUCGGAGCAGUGAUGACAAGGAUACAUCCUCGGAGAAGGGAGGGAGGAGGUCGAGCUCUGCGACCGACGAUAGCCAGGAUGGUGCACAGGGCCUUGACCUUCGGGUCAAGGUCUCUCAGUAUGGAAAGUCUCACAAGGAGUUCACUGGUUUGUACAUGAGCCAGGCAAUUCAGGCACAUAAUGGUUCUAUUUGGAGCAUCAAAUUCAGCUUGGACGGCCGGUACCUAGCCAGUGCAGGGGAGGAUUGUGUCAUUCAUAUUUGGGAAGUCUCUGAUAUCAGUACAAAGAGUGAUUUGCUCAAGGCUGCAGAGGAGAAUGAGAAUUUCAAGCCAUUUGCUAUGGCAAUCAGUAAUUCCCCUUCAGAUCCAAGAUCAGUGUUGGCUUGCGCAGAAGCAAACUCCUGGGAUAAGAAGAGAAGAGCAAAGAUCCCUAAUGGCCGGAAGUCUAACAGCUCAGACUCUGUUAUAAUGCCUGAGCAUGUGUUUGCUUUGUCAGACAAUCCUUUCUGUUCUUUCAGAGGGCAUGUUGAUGAUGUCCUUGACCUCUCCUGGUGGAAAUCACAGUAUCUUUUAUCAUCUUCCAUGGAUAAAACUGUUCGACUUUGGGACUUGCCCAGCAAAUCCUGUUUAAAGAUAUUCACACAUAGUGACUAUGUGACUUGCAUCCAAUUCAAUCCUAUUGAUCAUAGGUAUUUCAUCAGUGGAUCCCUGGAUGAGAAAGUCCGCAUAUGGAGUAUUCCUGAUCGACAAAUUGUUGAUUGGGAUGAUUUGCAUGAGAUGGUCACUGCUGCUUGCUAUACCCCUGAUGGACAGGGUGCUCUUGUUGGUUCUCACAAGGGAAGUUGCCACCUGUAUGACACAUCUGAUAAUAAGCUUCUCCAGAAAAGUCAGAUUGACUUACAGAACAAGAGAAAAAGAUCCAGGCACAAAAAAAUUACUGGCUUCCAGUUUGCUCCUGGGAGUAACUCAAGGAUAUUGAUCACAUCGGCAGAUUCACGAGUCCGGGUAGUUGAUGGCAAUGACCUAAUCCACAAGUUUAGAGGUUUUCGCAAUAGAAGCAGUCAAAUCUCAGCAUACUGGACUGCUGGUGGCAAGUAUGUGAUCUGUGCCAGCGAGGACUCUCAAGUUUAUGUAUGGCGAUAUGAUGAAGAUUCUCAACCUAACCGGACUAGAACCACUGCAACUGUCACACAAUCUUAUGAGCAUUUCCACUGUCAAGGAGUGACCAUGGCUAUUCCAUGGCCAAGCUCAGGAAUGGGAGGGAUGGCAAGGGCCCCCUCAAACAAACAGAAUUCUCUCAGCGGAGAAUCUCAGGCAAAUUCACCACUAAAAGGUGAAACUGAUGGGGCCCAUCUUUCACCUUCUCCUCAAUCCCAGAACACCAGUCGUCUAAGCCCAAGAUCAAAUCACUUUUGUGAUAGGGGUUCAGCAACUUGGCCUGAAGAGCUCGUGGCUUACAAACAGAGCCUUCGAGACAAUGGCGAUCCAUUCAGCAGUGGGUACAUGCCAGUGCAAAGUUCGUCAACCUGGGGGUUGGCGAUCAUCACAGCAAGCCGAUGCGGUGAAAUCAGAACUUUUCAGAAUUUCGGCUUUCAGUACCAAAUAUAAUUUCUUACUUUUUUUCAAAUGAUGCAAGAUGUAGAAUUGCUCGCCGGCCUUGCUGCCACAACCUCCACUUCCCAGGUUGAGGCUGUAGUUCCUAUACAGUUAGAUGGAUACGCGGUGAGACUUGUAAUAUCUAUGCAUGGUCUAUUCGCAAGAGAACCAAUCCCACAUGCUCGGUGGAUGUUGGUAUUGCAAGAAUGUUGUUCAAAUGUACAUUAAAGCGGAAGAAGCUGAACACGGCGGCGAUACUUAGAGCUGCUUUGGGUUUGGUUAUCUGCUCUCUCUCUUUCUCUCUCUCGGCCAAAACAAUCAUGUUUUGGGAUAGUGUGUUCUAGCAGUCCCCUUCUCCCUCAUUAUUUCAUUCUGCUAUAUGUUGAUGUAACCAGAGAAAUUAAAUUCAAAUGUUGCAAGAAAGUUACACGUAGUUUAUGGGUCUGUUUACAGUUGACACGGUUAAUUAGUUUAACUGACUGAUGAAAUUUAAUUGUAAUCAUUUAUUGGAUCUGGACCGUUGA